CCCGAAGAAAGAAGAAGAAGAAGAACUGUCAUCCGCGGAUUUUUCCUAAGCUCGCUGUGUUUGUUUUUUUGGUGUGAUAAAAAAGAGAAGAAUCUCAGGCAAUUUCGGAUUAUUUGUGCGAUAAGAGGUGAACUGGUAGACAGAUCAAUUUGCAGACCAAGAGAAAAGUUCUACAAAUUGCAAUUUUUUAUUUGUGCAACGAUUCGAAGACAUUUCUCGGGGCACCCUCCCCCAACAAUCGGUUCUGUUGACAAAGAAUUAAAAAGAAAAAUCAAAUCUAAAGAAAACAAGAAGUUGAAAGAGAAGAUUUCACAAUGUCCUGGCAAAAUGCACCACCUUAUUACCAAGAUCCAAAUCAGCAGUACUAUGGAGGACAACCUGGGUAUCCUCCCCAGUCUGGGUACCCACCACAGCCGGGAUUUAAUCCAGGGUACCCACCACCAUCGGGGUACCCACAACCGGGUUAUGCACAGCCUGGAUAUCCACCAGCAGGUGGAGGAUACCCCCCACAGCCGGGCUUUGCGAAUCCCAUGCCACCCGGGCAGGGAGCUCCCUAUGGGUAUGUUCCACCGCAAAACCCCGGAGGUGGUUAUGGGGCGACAGAGGACCCUGAAGAUCCCGAAGUGAAGGGUUUUGGCUUCACAGAUGAGUCAAUUCGCAAAGGAUUUAUUCGCAAAGUCUAUUCCAUCCUAAUGGCACAACUGUGCGUAAGUUUGGGCUUCAUUGCGCUGUUCCUGUACCACAAACCAACAGCAAAUUGGGUGCGUGGGCAUCCGGAAAUGUGGUGGAUCGCCCUUAUUUUGCUCUUUGUCACACUCAUUGCAAUGGCUUGCUGCACCAAUGUCCGCCGAAAGGCUCCGAUGAAUUUUAUCUUCUUGGGACUCUUCACACUCGCACAAUCCUUCAUGCUGGGCGUCAUGGCGAGCAAUUUCCGUUCGGAAGAGGUUCUCCUUGCUGUGGGAAUAACAGCCGCAGUCUGCUUGGGCUUGACGUUGUUCGCAUUCCAGACUCGCUGGGAUUUCACAGUGAUGGGCGGGGUGUUGUUUGUUGCAGUGAUAAUUCUCAUGAUUUUCGGUAUAAUUGCAAUCUUCAUUCCCGGCAAGACGAUGACACUGAUCUACGCAUCCCUCGGGGCGCUCAUCUUCAGUGUUUACCUCAUCUACGAUACACAACUCAUGAUGGGUGGGAAGCACAAGUAUUCCAUCAGUCCGGAAGAAUAUAUUUUUGCAGCUCUCAAUCUCUACUUGGACAUUGUCAAUAUUUUCAUGUACAUUCUCGCCAUUAUUGGUGCAUCGCGUGACUAAAUUUCCCUCCGCACGUGCUCAUCCCUUUUCUUUCUAGCAUAAAAGGAUUUUUUGUUAGUUUGUUUAUUGCGUCAGGAGGUGUUGCACCCUCUACAACACUCUGUUCACUUCUUCUGUUUAAUAGUAAUUUAAUUAUAAUUCUCUAUGUUUCCUCAUUCUCAGAGCUUUUUUUGCGUCAUCAUCAUUAUCAUUGAAAAAACGAUAAAAUAAAAUCACAUUGUGUCUCAGGAUGUUGGAAUAAUGCUUUUUUUUACAUUUUACAUCACUGCAAAAUGCGGCAAAAUGUUCGAAAAAAAUAGUAGAAGAAUGUUACUAGAGGAAACAACAAUAUAAUAAUUGCUAAUCGUCCAAACAAAGAGAUUGAUUAAUUGAAUUUCUUAAUUAUUAAAAACAAAAACUUCUCCGAGUUUAACGAAUUUUAUAAAAAAAAGAAACAUUAAAACCCUUUUCCUAACAUUCUCAGCGUUAUUUCUCAACAAAACAAUACAUAAACUCUCCACAAUGAAUUGAUGGAUGGUUUUGAAUUGAAAGGGAAAUGAAUAUAAAUUGAAGGUUUUCUUUUAAUCAACAGAAUGCAAUUUGAAGACAACAUGCACGAUAGAUUUUCAUAACAAAACAACUUGUAUAUAAUUUCAUUAUCAGAUUUAUCUUAUUCUGCUGUAGCCAAAGCUUUUUGCAAAUUUUCAUGGUGUUGAAUACUGGGUUAAAUAAAGAAAAAUCAUUUAAUAUUGUUGCAAAUUAUUAAAAAAAAAAAAGAAUUACAAAAAAAAUACAAAUUUAUUCAGCAUGAAUGCAAAACGAAUAAUAAAAAAAUCAGUAUAAUUAAUGUAAUUUGUAUACAUAUAAAUUGAAUGGGUACUCUGAGAACGUUUUAGAAGGGUAUAUAAGAGUAAUUUUAAGAAGACUAUAACUACCUAUUAUAUUACCUUUAUCUACAAUCCCUUUUUGAGAAAAAAAAGCCUAAAUAUUUGAUGUUGAUUGAAAAAGAAAGGAAAAUUUAAUAAAUCAAUAACUUACAAGUUGACAAGAAAGGAUGUUUUCUACGUACCAAUGAAGGGCUAGAGCAGAUUAUAUUCUUAUUAAUGUCUGUGUCUUGAAUUUAUUGUAUAACUACUGAUAAUAAAUUACAUAAAUAAAGAUAAAAUAUAAUAAAAUUC